AUGGACCAUGGUCAGGACUCGACAACUGCGUUCCUACAGCUGGACAACGCAUGCCUCUGGGACGGCCGACCAGACUCGGCGCUAGAUGCUGGGACCGACGUCGCCUACGGCUUCUCGCCCACUUCCCGCGCAAUGCGAUUUGAUCCACCCAUGUACCAGCAAUCAAUCGCUUGGAACGACGGCUACCUCAAUUUGCCCAACGUCACCAAAAGCGUGGCUUGGCAGCAGAUUGCGAAACCGUUGCCGCAUUUGGCCAUCCCUCCAUCAGUGUACGCUCGGCAGAAGCACGGGCAGAUAACACCACCAGACGAACGCUCUCCAGAGUCGGGCGAGUCCAGCCCAUCGGAGAAGCCAGAGACAUUUGACGGUGAGGAGGAAGACGAGGUAAUGGAGACAGAGGAGAACAUUCAGGCGAGCUGUCAGCAGGGUGCGGGUAGACGGCGAAAGUCGACUCAGAAACAAGAGGGAGAUGACUCGACAAGCCCUCGUCGCAGGAAGCGAACCAAGCUUAGCAACCCCGAAGAGAAUCCUGAAGAAUUCGUGAAACGAGAGAAGUUCCUCGAGAGGAACCGUGUUGCGGCAAGCAAGUGUAGACAGAAGAAGAAAGAGUGGACAUCCAACCUUGAGCAGCAGGCACGAGAGCUGACAGCGCAGCGAGCUCACCUGCAGGCCUAUGUAGCGUCUCUGAGGGACGAGGUCCUGUACCUCAAGGAUCAGAUGCUGAGGCACAGCGACUGCAACUGCGUCAAGAUGCGGGAGUAUCUGAGUCACUCCGUCAGCAACAUGUCUCCACCGAUGUCUUCAAUACGCCAGCUCGCGGACGUCAUGGAUCUGGAUCACAAGUCCUCCGCAUGCUCGCCAUCGGAUGUCAGUGUAGCAGAAUCCAUGCCACUCUCUCGGAGGGACUCGACAGUUACGCUAACGUCGCGCAAAGGGAAGAUGCCGGCUGUGAGCCCUACGGUCUCGGUGGCUUCUCUGGGAAUGUCGAGCAUGAUGUCGCCGCGACAGAUGCUCUACGGCCAGUGA